UGAUAACAUACAGCUUUUGAAGCACAUUUUGCAAAUUUAAUUUUUCCCGUAGAAUUAGUCAUCCUUUCAUAAUUUUUAAGAUUUAUUAGUUAGUUCUUUCAAAAAGCCUGUGUGUGCUAUCGUCAUGCCCCCAAAAAAGGUCGAAGCACCUGAGAAAAAGCCACUCAUUGGACGUGUUGGUACAAAUCUAAAGGUUGGAAUUGUUGGUAUACCAAAUGUUGGUAAGUCAACAUUUUUCAAUGUUCUCACCAAGAGUGAAGCUGCUGCUGAGAAUUUUCCAUUCUGUACCAUCGACCCCAAUGAAAGUCGUGUACCAGUACCAGAUCAGCGAUUUGAUUAUUUGGUCAAUUAUUUCAAACCAGCCAGUAAAGUGCCAGCGUUCUUGAAUAUUGUUGAUAUUGCUGGAUUAGUUAAAGGAGCCGCUGAAGGCCAAGGUCUAGGAAACGCCUUCUUGUCCCACAUUAAAGCUUGUGACGCCUUAUUUCACUUGUGUCGUGCGUUUGAAGCAGAGGAUGUCAUUCAUGUUGAGGGUGAGGUUAAUCCAAUUAAGGACAUGGAAGUUAUAAACGAAGAAUUGCGGUUAAAAGAUGAGGAAUAUUUCCAUGUUAACUUGGAAAAACUAGAAAAAUUAGCCAUACGUGGUGGAGAUAAAAAACUGAAACCAGAAUAUGACACUUUUUUAAAAAUCAAAACUGUUUUAGUUGAUGAAAAGAAACAUAUCAGAUUCGGUGAUUGGAGUGCUCUUGAUAUAGAAAUUCUCAAUAAACACAUGUUUAUCACGACAAAGCCGGUUAUUUAUUUGGUGAACUUGUCUGAAAAAGAUUAUAUUCGGAAAAAGAAUAAAUGGUUGAUUAAAAUUAAAGAAUUUGUUGAUAAAAAUGAUCCUGGUGCCAUAAUUAUACCAUUUAGUGGAGUUUUUGAAAACAAAAUUAUCGAUAUGGAAGAACCCGAACGUAAUAAAUACUUGGAAGAAGUCCAGGCUACCAGUGCUCUUGACAAAAUCAUUGUACAAGGUUACAAAGCAUUGCAAUUGCAAUAUUUUUUCACUGCUGGACCUGAUGAAGUUAAAGCAUGGACUAUUCAAAAAGGUUUCAAAGCACCUCAAGCAGCUGGACGAAUUCAUACCGAUUUUGAAAAAGGAUUCAUCAUGGCCGAAGUAAUGAAGUUUGAAGAUUUCAAAAAUGAAGGAUCUGAAGCUGCUUGCAAGGCUGCAGGAAAAUAUCGCCAACAAGGACGAAAUUAUGUUGUUGAAGAUGGAGAUAUUAUAUUUUUCAAAUUUAAUGCUGGUGCUGGUUUAAAAGAUGCCAAAAAGAAAUAAAUGUUAUUUUUUUUAAAAAUUGAAUUGAAAAUAAAAAAUUUAAUUUUAUAUUAAU